GCGGUACCGUGUCAUGGAGGCUCAGUCUCCGAGCAGCCAUUGAAGGGGAAGGAACUGCGGGCGUGUGAGUGUUUGUGUGUGCGUGCUUUUGUGUGUGUGUGUGUGUGUGUGUGUGUGUGCGCGCGCGCGCGCGCGGGUGUGCGGACACGGAGGUGGGGGCAGCCGAGUUCGAGUCCCAACUCACUGGACUCCAUUUGCUAUUCUUUUCUUUCUUCACACCUUUGGUGGUAGUGGGCGUUUGUAUUUGUGUUUUUUUUUUUUCAUUCAUUUCCCAAUCUUAAAAAAAAAUUCGGGUUGAGGGGAGUGGGAAAGGCAGGAAGGGGGAAAGGAGCAUAGUAGAAGAGCAGGAGGAGGACAUGGAGAUGAAGAAGAAGAUUAACCUGGAGUUAAAGAACAGAGCCCCGGAGGAGGUGACAGAGUUAGUUCUUGAUAAUUGCUUGUGUGUCAAUGGAGAAAUUGAAGGUCUGAAUGAUACUUUCAAAGAACUUGAGUUUCUAAGUAUGGCUAAUGUGGAAUUAAGUUCACUGGCCCGGCUUCCCAGCUUAAAUAAACUUCGAAAGUUGGAACUUAGUGAUAACAUAAUUUCUGGAGGCUUGGAAGUCCUGGCAGAGAAAUGUCCAAAUCUUACCUACCUCAAUCUGAGUGGAAACAAAAUCAAAGAUCUCAGUACAGUAGAAGCUCUGCAAAAUCUUAAAAAUUUGAAAAGUCUUGACCUGUUUAACUGUGAGAUCACAAAUCUGGAAGAUUACAGAGAAAGUAUUUUUGAACUGCUGCAGCAAAUCACAUACUUAGAUGGAUUUGAUCAGGAGGAUAACGAAGCACCAGACUCGGAAGAAGAGGAUGAUGAGGAUGGAGAAGAUGAGGAAGAUGAGGAAGAAGAUGAAGCUGGUCCACUGGAAGGAUUUGAAGAGGAGGAAGAGGAAGAUGAGGAGGAGGAUGAAGAUGAAGCAGGCUCAGAGGGAGGAGAGGGAGAAGAGGAAGUAGGCCUCUCAUACUUAAUGAAAGAAGAAAUUCAGCAUCCUCAUCUAGGGGUGGGACUGCACCCACUUCCUCUCUCCAUGGUGGAUUUCAUCUGGCUUGAACUCCUAGGUCUUGUCCAUGCUGUCACAACUUAUCACCAGAGUUCUCUCUGGGUUUCUUGUGCUAUCAGGAUGAAGAAGAUGAUGAUGAUUAUGUUGAUGAAGGGGAGGAAGAGGAGGAAGAGGAGGAAGAGGAUGAAGAAGGUCUUCGGGGAGAGAAAAGGAAACGAGAUGCUGAGGAUGAUGGAGAGGAAGAAGAUGACUAGACCCCUUUCAGCUCAGAUUCCCUGGCGCUGCUGGCGUGCAGUAGAGUGUCACAUCUCUGUUCCUUCCUGUAUGAUAGCUGUCCCUCAAAAGAUACUGUGUAACUUUUUAUAGGAAAAGUGUGGUUUUGCUAUUUUUGCCUUAUCAUUCCGAUUAAGAUUUACUAGUCUGCUAAUCAUAAUGUAAGUAGAAAAGAAUUUUCAUGUAUCCUGUUGUGAAAUUCUCUAGCAUUGUAUUUCAAAUCUUAAUUUUUCUAAUCCAUGCUUACUGUAUUAGACAUUUUUAUCCCAUAAUUAAAACAUGAUUGCUUUUACACAGGUGUAGUUUGGUGCAUUUCAUUCAUGAUGUUUUAAAGUUAUUUAUAAAUUAACAAAUUAUAGUCAGCUAUAAUAUGAAAUGACAAUAGUCUCUUGAAUGAUAAAGGUGAUUAAUAUUUUAGAGGUGAUCCAGAAGUCUUUAGUUUGCAGGUAAUGUUUUGGGGGUGGGGAUAAUAUUUUGGGAGUGGCUUUUUCGUUAUAUAAGUAAGUUGGACAGUAGGCACAGAAUACUAAAGGUUCUAUUUAGUAUAGUUCAUGGGUUUGGGGAAGCUCAGAAUGUUCAGUGAUACAGCUCCAGGCUUUUAUGGUGACUGAAAAGAUUUUAUUUUUGAAGGAAAAGUUGCUUAUGUAAGGUCAGAGUCAUGCAUGGAACAUGUGUUGAGGCUGUGGAUCAUGCUGGCCAGCAGUCGUGUGUUCUUUAGGAGGGCUGUGAGCUCUUCGCAGCCAUUUCUCCAUUCCUGCUUCUCUUUCCUACCAAAGACAGCUGGCAAAGUUGUGGGUCCGCAGAGAACUUUGCCUUAAGUGUCACCUACUUUUUUGGAUCUGUCUUCUUCUUCUUUUUUUUUUUUUUGGUGUCUUUGAGAAGGUCUCCCUGUAGCCCCAGCUGAUUUGGGACUCGCUAUGUAGACCAGGCUAGCUUUGAAUUCACAAUGAUCCCCCUGCCUCUGUUGCCUAGGUGUGCGCCACCAUGCCCGGCAGAUCUGUUUGUUUUAAACAAGUGUUAGAAAUGGAAUAUUUUUUGGGAUCACAAUAUGAGUAUUGAUAUAGUAUGAGGAGAUAUGUGUCUUUCUUGUUGAUAGUACAUAGCAUUGUAUUAAUAGGACAGAGAAACAGCAGCACUAAGGUAUGUCUGCUCAGAACGAUUGCGAUUGCUGCUGUUGAAUAUAUUCUAAGUGGAACCUUUAAUUGUUCUUCCUGUAGUUUUAAAGCAUUAUUAGAUAUAGCAUUUGAUUGGAACAUAGUAGGCAGUUGGAGAACUGUUUGAAAACUAAAUAUUAAAAUUGAGAUUAUUUCAGGUGGUGUCUUAAAAUAGAAAAAACAUUUGGGGUAAGUAAUAUGUGCUUGCUUGUAUGGCUACUAAAUAAAUAGAAAGGGUAGACAAACGCAUCUCCCUUUUUGUUGUGGAGGCUCCAUGUUCAAGGCAAAUGAUCUGGUAUUUUAAAACAAAAAAUAUGAGUCAUUUGUAGAGAAACUAAAAAUGUUUGCAUAACUGAAUGAAAUAAAACACUUGUAAUAAAUUUAGUGGAAGUACUAGAAUCUCUAAAGAACUAAUGUUUUUCUCCCAAUUUUAACAAUUGGAAUGCCUGCUUUUAGUCCCUAAGUUCUCAUUGCACACUAUGCCAGAUUGAAAAAAAAUGCUUAUUUUUAAAAGGAAAUCUGUAUAUUGACUUUUUAAAAUCAAUCAUAGAUUGUGUAAUGAAAAUUAGAGUUCUUUGGUUUGAAAAACAACACAUAGAGCCUCCAGAUAACUUUCAAGAUUUACUUAGCUUUGUUGGGUAGUAUAUUCAUGCAAAUAAAGGGUGGGUUUUAUGUUUAGAAGUUUUGGAUCCUGUUUUAAUGCUCUUUGUAUGGUGGUAUGUAUAUAGUGAGUUAAGUUCCUUAAGAAUUUCUCCUUAAAAACUUCAAAGUUAAUAAUACUUUGUGCAGUGUUUUAAAUAAAGCCAUGACAGUGUUAAAAAUUAACAAAGGAACACAGUACUCCCAAUCUUUUACUGUUUUUUGACACUUCUCUUUUUUUUUCCCGUGACUGCUGUAACUUAAAAGUUUUUGAAACUGAAAUUGCUUCAAAUAAAUUGAAGAUUUGUGAUAA